AACACAUUCCAAUUCAUCAUCGAAUAUAUUCAUUGAUCAUCAUCAUCAAUUGGAUAAAUGUUUUAUAUUAUAUUAAUAUGAAUGAAUACUGAAUGUAAACAUUGAACGAUUAUGAAAUGAAAUAUAAAUUUAUCAUUUCAUAAUCAUCGUCUGGUCAUAAUAAAUGGUACAAAACGCAAUAUUCUGUUCCAGAAUCUGGUCUUUCACAAUCAGUUCAAAUCUUCAAGCUCAAAUUUAUUUAUUCAAAACUGAAAGUGCCUUGUAUUAAAAUCAAAUUCCCCAUCUCAAUCAUCUGUAUAUAGAACCGAAUUUUUUUUUCGGUCCGCUACACCAAUUCGAACUGGUGGUGACCACCGGUUCCAAAAAAAAAAACGUUUCAUACAUUGACACUAUACCUCUACUCUCUCUUUGGUCUACUGUUGGUUUGGUUCUCGGUUUGAGUGUGUUUCAGUUUGGUUUAGGGAUCCUAAGUGUUGUUGUUUUUUCUCUAGUGGCAACUGCAAAAAAAAACAUCUAGCACCAACAAAAUACGAUACAAGAAUAGGAUGCCACCAAAACCCAUACGCAAUUAUUCUGUAGGCGAUCUUGUAUUUGCCAAAAUUAAAGGAUAUCCACCUUGGCCGGCUCGGAUUGAAGAAGAUUUUCCCAUCGGUUAUAAACCAUAUCCUGGACGUUAUCCAGUCUUCUUUUUUGGUACAUAUGAGCUUGCUGUUGUAUCGGCCAAAGAUAUCUAUCCGUAUCAACAAUAUAAACAUCAGUUAGGCAUUCCACGUAAGAUGAAAAAUUUUAAUGAAGGACUUGAAGAAAUUGAAAAACAUCCAAAUUUAACAAUGAAUUCUGAAGAAAUGUUACGUUUACGCGAUGAACGUGAAUUAUCUGGACAUAAUAAUUAUGAUGAUGAAAGUGAUGUAUCAUUUAAGAAAUCUGAUGUUGACGAUUCGGCUAGUUUCGAUGAUGAUGAUGAUGAUGAUGAUAAAAGUAUUUCUAACGAUGAUGAAGAAGAUUAUAGUCGCAAAUUAUCCAAAUCGAAGAAUGAUGGCAAGAAAAAUCGAUCGUCAUCAAAUCGAAAACAGAAAAAUGUUCAGAGCGAUGAAGAUUCCAAUGAUGAUGAAUUUGAUCGUGAAAAAUCUGUAAAAAAUCGUAAUAGAAAAAAUAUCAAAAAGAAUUCAUCAUCAUCAUCGAAUAAUAAUAAUAAUAAUCAUGGCAAAAAAGUGGAGAAAAAAAAUUCCGGUAAAUUUAAUCGUUCAUCAUUUAUGCUUGACAAUGACAAUGAUUAUGAUAAUGAUGAAAACAAUGUGAAAAAUCAAAAAAAGAAACCAAAUAUCGGUAAAAAACGUAAAAUAAUUAAACAAUCAGAUAGCGAAGUAGAAAUUUCCGAUAUCGAUGAUGAUGAUGAUAAUGAAAAUGACAAUAAUAGCAAAGCCAAUGAUAUUGAUUCACCAAAAGAUAAUGAUGAUGAACAUCAUUCUAAAAAGAAGAAAAAUAAACGAUUAAAAAUUUCGUCAUCAUCAUCGUCUUCAUCGUCGUUUUCGGAUGUUGAAGAUUCAAAAAUAAAAUCUGAAAAAAGACGACUCACCAUUCAUGAUGAUAGUGAUUCGAAUGAUUCAAAGUCAAAAGAAAAUGCCCACAAUAAUAAUAAUAAUAACAACAACAACAGCAAUAAUAACGAUGAUGAUGAUGAUGAUAUGAUACAAACACCGAAGAAUUCGACAAUGACCGAAACAAUUGAAGAUGUAAUGAAAUUGAAACAAAAAUUACAAGAUGAAAAAUUGACACAAAAAUUGGAAGAAAAAGAACGAGAAAAAGAGCGACGAAAACGUGAGAAAAUGGAACGUAAACGUUUGGAACGGUUACAGAAGGCGAAAAAUCGUAACCAAGAAGAUUCGAAUCGAAUGAUCAAUGAAAUGUUAGCGACAAUCGAUUCGAAUAUUAAGUUAAGCCUAUCUAAAACAAAUGCUAAUAUUGAUAAAUGUCUAGAAACAAUGGACAGUAUCGAUGAUGUAAAAAUGAAAAUUACAUCGAAAAAUGUAUCAAAUUUUGGCGAUAAUCUUAAGGAAUUGAUUUCAUCAUUGAAAAAAUGUCGAAAAUAUAAACCCGAAGAACGUGUACGACAAAAAGCUGAUCAUUUUCUUAAUAAAUUAAAAGAAUUAUUCAGUUCAACCGAAUCUCAUAGCUCUCAAGAAUUUCGAACCAUUUCUGAUUCUGGUAAUGUUGAUUCAAAAACGAAUGAUUCAAUGCCAUCAACAACAACGACAACCAUCGACGAACAAUUGGCACCAGAACAACGGAACGAAGAAACCAUGAUAGAUCGAAAAUCAUCCGAAAAUGAAACAGAAAAUAGUAAACUUUCGGCAACAAUUGAACAGCUUGAAUCAAAACUACAACCAAUCACCGACGAAAUGGAAAGCUAAAUAAAUCGAAUCAACAAGUUACACACACACUCUUGAUUUAAACAAAUAUGCACAUUCUUCUUCACAAUAGAAUUCAAAUUCAUCACACAUUAUAUAACCAUUUCCCAUUCAUUUUGUCUGAUACAGAUCAUUUUUUUUGUACUAUAGAAUUAUUAUUGAUUGAUUGAAAUUUGUAAAAAAAUUCAUUUUUUUUCUCAU